AUGUCGUUCUUUCUGUUGUUCUUGCUGCAGCUACGACUGGCGAAAUUUCCUUGCUGCUUUUCUUUCUUCGUCUUCUUUGUUUAUCUCUUUCCGUCUUCUUUAUCUUCUCGCUUUCAAAUCUUUUUCCUCUCACGUUUUCUCCUGUUUUGCCUUCUGUCUCUCUUUUCUUUUACUAUUUCUUCUUACUUCGUUUUUUUUCCAGUGAUUUUCUUUUACCUUUCCUUUCCUUUCUUCCCUUCACCAUAUCUUUUCUUUUCACUUUUUCUUUGUUCUUUCUCUUUUUCUUUUCCCUUAAAUUGUAUUUUCCUCAUCAUUCCCUUUAUAUUCUCUCCUUUUACUUCUCUUCUUUCUAUUUUUACAUGUUCCCUAUUUUUUCUCUUUUUUUAUCUACACCUUUUUCCCUCUUCUCUUUUGUCUCCCACUUUUUCUUCUUUCAAAUUCUUCUUUUUUCUCUUCUCUAUUUCUGAUUCUCCUUUCCUCCCUUACCUUCGCUUUAUCACUUUUUCUUCUUCUUUUUCGCCUAUUUCUCAUCCUUCUUGUUCUCUUUUUUAUUUUUUCACCUCUAAUCUUUCUACAACUCCAUCUUUUUCUUCUCCUCCUCCUGUUAUUCUUCCCAUUUUGAUAUUUUUAUCCUUUUUCUUCGAGAAUUCUUGUCUGUUUUUCUUCUUCUUCUUCUUCUUCUUCUUCUUCUUCUUCUUCUUCUUCUUCUUCUUCUUCUUCCUGCUCAUCAUUUUAUUAUUGUUCCCUUUUUUUGCCCUUCUUCUUUUUUUCUUCUUCUUGUCUGUCUUCUUUGUCUUCUCAUCCUCCUGCUAUUGUUCUCUCUUCUUUUCCUUCUUCUUCUUCUUCUUCUUCUUAUUAUUAUUAUUAUUAUUAUUAUUUUCUUCUUCUUCUUCCUCCUCCUUCUCCUCCUCCAUCUCCUGA